GUACCUGCAGGCAAUACGUACGAAGUUGUCUCCGGUAUUUACAAUAGCGGGUAUGUCACUGCGACGUCCGGUGCCGUCUCGGCUGGGAUUGCGCUGCUCCAGCCGGAGCUGGGCAACUUCAAAAGCAACUGCGAUAUUCUUAUGAAGGCUCUGGAUGCCGUUGCAAAAAUUCAUCCAUUUGUCACGGUUGCGGUCUUGGCGUUCAAGGCGGCAGUGACCCUCGAGAUGACGCGCAGACAGAACGACAAGCGAUGCGUGGCUCUUCAUGUCAGCAUGUCAGACCUAAUGGCCGUCAUCGGGCUUCUGCGAAGCUUAGCAAAAGACGACUGCGGCUCUGACGGCGUCAUGAUCGGGGACCGCCUCCGGGAUCGGAUGCAAGCCAUUGCGAAAGACAUUGAAACGUGCGCAGCAACUUGCGACAGUUUCGAAAAGAAGAAGCUCAUUGUCAGGCUCUUUAAGAGCAUCGCUUGGGAAGACAAGCUCGAAGCCUUCGCCACUACAUUCGACGGCCACAAGGAUGCGCUGCAAAAGGAUCUGUCCAUGCAUAGUGCGUUGGGGAUAGAGCGCGCUAAUGAGAGGCUCUCCAUCGUCGAUGCGGUGGUGAAAGCAAGCGGGACGAAGCUGGAUAUGGUCCUGCUCUUCCGGCAAUUGCGAUCUCCCGCAGAGCGCGAGCUCUGGAAGUUCGUGGAGAGCAAGGGCGGCCCGGAGAAGUUCCUCCAAGAUGACGCGUUGAUGAACGAGCUGAUUUCACGUACCGAGAAAGAUACCACCGAACAGGUGACGUCUGUGAACGAGGUCAAAUAUGAUAUCCGGAAGGACUUGGCAGACAUUAUCAAAGAGAACUUCGAGGUCUCCGAGAACAAAUUCCAGGCUCUGCAGGUCAACAUCCGCGCACAGAUGGGGCAAACCGUUCGACGCGAAGGCGACCGUAUCAUCGGUACCCUGCUUUCUGGUCCCGCGGACCGGAUUAUCGACCCCAAUGUCUGGGAAAUAUGGCACGAUAUGGGCUGGAGAAGCAGCGCCAAAGCCAGACAUCUGGUUAUGGCAUUACGGGAGUUCUACGCAGAGCGCUACGCCGACGCGGCAGAUGAGGGCGUGGUCACGCUUGCGAUUCCAAAGAGCCGAGGGAACACGCCCGUCUCCCCGCUUCUGACAACUAUCUUUCAAGCGCCUAGCCGCAAAGCUAUCGGUGUUCCGCCUGAGGACCGGUGGACGCUGGACUACAUUACUAUCCUGCGUAUUCAGCCGCUUUUGGAGGCAUUCGACGACGACGCUUCGAGCUUUGUGACUGUCAGCGAGGUUAAUGCUUUCACGCAUGCGAGACCCAGGGGCUGGAGCUUGCCUCAUUGGAUGGCAUACUGGACGAUUGGCUACCCACUAUCGAUGAAGUAUUACCAUGACCGGAUCCAGCGAAUUAUCCGCCAAACGGCGGACCUUUCGGACGAUAUGCUCCCCGAAAACAGGGCAAUAUAUGACAAGUUACAUGGUUCUGAUAUCCUCAGCAACUUCGAAUUCAUACUGGCCGCGGCGUUCAAGGCCGAAGACCACAUCACGUGGGACUCGCAGUUGUUCGACAAGUUCAAGAGCUACGUCAUGCAGGAGGAAAAACGCAUGAAGGAGACCCUUGAGACCGUCAAGUACAAGAUCGAUGCUCCGAGCACUCUGACGCUGCUACUCGGCUCGGGACGUCUUGAGAAGUACCUCCUGCCCCUUAUGUAUCUGAUGUACCACAGGUAUCUCGAGCUUUUGACCGUGGGACGCACGGUUGCUCUCCAUAGGGAUGAGGUGCUCGAGAUGCUCAACUCCUCAAAAAUGAUUAAACAAGCGAUUAGAGCUCGAUUGGACAUUGUAAAAGCUAUGUGUAAAAUCCAAAACCUGGACAUCGGGGACCAUCUGAAGAAGUUUGCUUUUGGGCUGUACUAUUACUUCGAAUUUUCAAACGAUUGGACCAAUUCCGACUACUACAGGGUCUACUACCAAGAGUCUUUCGACGGAGAGCCGCCUACAGACGACGAACAACUCGAGACGAACCCCGACAAGGUUCUCCUUAAGGGCCGUCAGAACAACGACAUCGACCUGUCCGCGUACAGCGAGCCGUUUGAACCCCGACCCGUGUGCAGGCCUGCCCCGAACUCGUCGGCAUUGUGGGAUGUCUGCUGGCGCGGUUUCUAUAUCUCCGACGCGGCUUACUGGCUCCCGAUCUUUGGCGGGCACAUGGAUAUCGACUUUCCACCUGCCGACGGGAUAUUCACUGGGCAAGGCGGUGACGCAUUCGUAACGUUCACCAUUUUCGGCAAACGAGUUGGGCGGCAGGUCGCCUUCACCAAGACGCAUAAAGAUGACCGAGCGAAGCAGUUCACGUGGGAAGGCACGCUCAACGACGCUGAAGACGAGCUCAAAGGAAUGUAUUGCUAUGGCCGGCCCGUCGACGAUAGCACUACUUUCCCGGUAAUCAAGUCCGGCGAGGGUAUGGGAUCGUUCGAGUU